AUAAAUACGGUAACGUCAAGUCGUAAUACACACAAACAUUCAAAGGUUGUCAGAACCUUCUUGGAAUAAAGUACCAAUCCUGACGUCAUUAUUUGAUUACUACCGGGCCCAGACCAGGAUAUUGCAGUGUGUCAUCAGUGAUCAGUACUCGCCAGGACAAUGCAGUGAGAGGAGAAGUAGUACUCCCUUACUCACAGACGUGCGUCUACCUUCCCAUUCAGCCUGCCAUUGUCUUAGUGUGACCAGCUAUCAGUGCAGGCCGGCCUGUCAAACCCACCAUUGACUGGGAUCUGCCGUUCAGUCUGUGACGUGCACCGUACCACACUAUACAGACAGGAUCUGCCUUUGGGAGAACUUUGUGUGUAAUCUUGUGUGAGACUUACAGACAGCUAUACUAUUGACUUGACUAUACCACUGACGUAACUAACGAUACCAGUGAGAGAACUAAACUGGAGACAGCUAUACCAAUUAGACUGCUAUACCAGUGAGAGGGCUAUCAAGGAAGCAAUACCAUUGACACUUCUAUCAAGAAGCUAUACCAUGGAUUAAGACAACCGUAAAGACAGUUACACAUCGUGACAGCUACACCAUUGACAGUUCUACCAUCAUCCCUGUACCACGUUGUGGACUGUACACAGUUAAGACUGUACUCUAUCUAGACUGUACCCAAGUGGAGACUGUACACUACCUAGACUGUGCCACACCAUCAGGACUGUACAUCAUUAAGACUGUGCCGUAUCGUGGAGACUGUUUCACUAACACAGAGUGUUGUACCACUGGGACGGAGUUGAGGCUGUAGAAGUGAAGAGCCUGCAUUGACUGUUACAGAGAGGCGACUUUCUGUGAUUUCCUACAAUACUAACAGUAUCCUUGCUCUGUACCGACAUGGCGGGACACGGUCAACAUGCACUACUUCUCUGGGUUCUCCUGGCAUCCUCUGCCGUCCACCUCUCCACGGGUGGACUGAACGACAUUCUCACCUCAUGUUGCGUGGAGGGUGUCAAAUGGGCGGUGGAUGGCGGCAGGUGCAACAGCUUCAGCGCCUUCCUCAAUGUGUCCGUGGAGGACCGACAGAGUUGUAUGGCCAUUGUGGAGGUGUGCUGUAUGAAGGAGGUGCAUGUGCAGAAGUGUGCCGAGGGCAAGCAGACGGCCCUGGACCAGCAGAUCUGUGCCAUCAGGGACAUUGAGCCUGGCAGGGAGCAGUUUAUGGAGUGUUGUCACUGCUGUCAGCUGGGUCUGACGGCCCGGAGGUCAAGUCUGUCCUGUCAGAGCACGGCCUAUGGGAAUCCGUGUGACAUCAAGUUCAUGGAGUGCUGCUCGGGACGUGAGGUAGCACAGAACCAAACAGCAGGGGAUCCUGGGACUGGUGUUCCCGGGAACGGGAUUGGGGACCAGGGGGAGGACGACAAGGACGAAUGUGCACUGUUCCCCAACAAGCUGUGUUCCCAGCGUUGUGUGAACACUCUGGGCAGUUUCCGCUGUGAGUGUAGCGAGGGCUACAUCCUGGACGCUGAUGGACGCACAUGCAGACUCAAGAAUGCCCAAGAGGGUUACAACUGCGGGGAGAACAACCCCUGUGAACACCAGUGUGAUGAAGAUGCUAGCGGUGUCAUGUGCAGCUGCUUUGACGGCUACGAGCUGAAUGGCGAUCAGACCACAUGCUCAGAUAUUGAUGAAUGUGCGCUUGGUUAUGCGAGAUGUGGUCGACAUGAGGAGUGCAUCAAUGUGAUGGGGCGUUACACAUGCACCCCCUCCACCUGUCCCCCAGGCUACACCAAGAACCCCACCACUGGCGUCUGUGAACAGGAGAUGGAGUGUGCCCCUGGGUAUGGAUUCAAUAGCGUCACUGCCAGAUGUGAAGACAUUGACGAGUGUACAAUCUACCAGCACUCUUGUUACGGAGACAACCAGAUCUGUGUGAACCUGAACGGGUCGUACAAGUGUGACUGUGUGGAGGGCUACCACUACAACAUGACGCAGGGAGAGUGCCUUGACAUCAAUGAGUGCGCUACGGGGGCCUACCACUGUCAGUCGGGGGAGAGAUGUGAGAACAAAGUGGGGUCCUACAUCUGUCGCAGAAUCUACUCCUGCGGAACGGGCUACACCCUCGACACAGAGAGCCAGAGAUGUGUUGACACCAACGAGUGCGAACUGAAGAUCGAUAAUUGUGGAGGUGGCUAUGCAUGUCAGAAUACUAACGGCUCCUUCCGCUGCGUCCCCAAGACCUGCCCCGAGGGUUCCCGUUUCAACCCCGCGCGGGGAGCAUGUGAAAGGAUCUCCUGCCGGAGGGGCUUCAGACCAGGGCCUAAUGGCAACUGUGUCGAUCUCAACGAGUGCAGGGAAUACCCCAACAUUUGUGGGAACUUCCAGCAGUGCGUGAACAACGUUGGUUCCUACACCUGUCGGAGCACUCUCAACUGCCCUCCUGGGUUUGAACCUGCAGAAGGUGGCCGAUGUGUAGACAUUGAUGAGUGCGAGAAAUCAACUCACCGAUGUGGGGCGGACCAGCAGUGUGUCAACAGACAGGGGAGUUACUUCUGUCAGUGUCCUCGUGGAUACCGUACCAGCGCCGGCGGCAGAUGCACCGAUGUGGACGAGUGUGCGUACGGUGCGGCCAUCUGCCCCUCCAACUCUCGGUGUUCCAACACCCCUGGUAGCUACACCUGCCAAUGCAAGGAGGGUCUGCAGGGCGACGGCCAGGGAAGCUGCUCAGACAUCGAUGAGUGUCAGACCCCCAACAUCUGCCACCACAGCUGCGUGAACGUCAUCGGCUCCUACUUCUGCUCCUGUAACCGUGGCUUCCAGCUGGCGGAGGACAAGAGACUGUGUGAAGACAUCAACGAGUGUACUCAGUUUGGAGGUCGAGGAGGUCGUGGAGGUAUCAGGGGUGGCGUGUGCGGAGGUCGUUGUAUCAACCUCCAGGGGUCAUAUCGGUGCGAGUGUCCCGAGGGAUGGAGGGUCAAAGGUGAUGGAAGGUCAUGUGAAGAUAUUGACGAGUGUAAGACUGGUGUGGCUACAUGUCGCAACAGGGAUGAGUUUUGUGUCAACGUCCGUGGCGGCUUCAAGUGUCCUCUUGUGCGAUGUCCAGAUGGGUUUGUCAAGAUUCCAUCAGGCGGGCGGCAAAACAGCCGCAGCGAGCUAAUCGCUGAUGAUGGUGGAGUGGUAUGUGGUCGGUCGUGUGUCCCCACCGACGUUAACUGUCACUACAACAAGACGAAGACAGUGUCAUGGCAGUUCCUCGCACUGCCCCAAGUGGAGUUUGUCCAUAAACCCCUCACCCUCCUCAACAUCCGCACCAUCGGGUACUCCAUCUACCCAAACCUGGACCUGCGCAUCAUCGCCGGCAAUGAUGAAGGGCUGUUCCAGACAGUGGUGGAAGGAGACCAAGCGUUCUUGAAGCUCCUGAAACCUCUCUUUGGACCUGCGGAGUACGAGGUGACGAUGAAGCUGGAGAACCGCGACUUUUCCCGAACACGUCUCAUCUCCCGUCACAUCACGCACGCGAAGAUCUUUGUGUCCGACUUCCCACAGUGAUCCUCCUGUGUGACAUCUCCAAGGUCAUACUGUUACACUUCAACAACAACAACACAACCAUCGUUAUCAACGCUUCCUGGUUCCAUAAAUAAGUUGCAUUUGAAAGAUUCUACUUCAGCUGUUGUAAAGGUAUCAUAAAUCAUUUUGUGGUUAGGUGUAUCUAAAUGGAUUAGGUGGUGACUUUCUUGGAUCCAUGCCGAAGAUGUCAGGGUGUGGUCUGUCUAGGCCCACCUUGAUCACACCACAGGUUGUGGUCUGUCUGGGCCCACUUCGAUCACUCUACAGGGUGUGGUCUGUCUGGGCCCACCUUGAUCACACUACAGGGUGUGGUCUGUCUGGGCCCACCUUGAUCACACUACAGGGUGUGGUCUGUCUGGGCCCACUUCGAUCACUCUACAGGGUGUGGUCUGUAUAGGCCCACCUUGAUCAUACUACACGGUGUGGUCUGUCUGGGCCCACUUCGAUCACUCUACAGGGUGUGGUCUGUCUGGGCCCACCUUGAUCACACUACUGGGUGUGGUCUGUCUGGGCCCACUUCGAUCACUCUACAGGGUGUGGUCUGUCUAGGCCCACCUUGAUCACUCUACAGGGUGUG